CCUAAGUUUAGCAAAGCCUCUGGAAUCCUUCAGAAAGAAGGGUAUCAAGCCGUGAACAAUCGUGAAAGGCAGUUCAAAGCCCAGGUGCUAACACUCGGGAAUUCAAGCCAGAUGAGACAGUCUGCGGGAUCCCCUGCUGCACCUCCCUCUUCUGUUUAAGCUAUAAUUCCGCUGACCACUGUUCAGCCUUCCAGUCAAUACGGCCUUUUCUCUAUCGCUUUGUUUCAUGGUCUUAUGCAAACAAACCAAACUGCAUUUUAAAGCCAAUAAAGUGACUGCUGCUGGAACAAGGACAGCAAUCGCUGGAACAAGAACUCUACUAAAGUGCCGUGCGGGGUCGAACGAGGCUAACGCACCGGCAAGGCUUUCUACGACAGCCAUUCCUGUUGUGUCAGGCCACCGAGCACAAGACCCCUCUGCCUCAGGGCGUCCGCACCGGCACUGUCAUGAGAAUCCGAGGCGUUGUCCCGGAACAGGCUGGCAGGUUCCAUAUAAACCUGCUGUGCAGCGAGGAGCAGGGGGCAGACGCCGCCCUGCACUUUAACCCGAGGCUCGACACGUCCGAGGUUGUCUUCAACACUAAAGAGCAAGGCAAAUGGGGCCGCGAGGAGCGGGGCUCCGGCAUCCCCUUCCAACGGGGGCAACCCUUUGAAGUGCUCCUCAUAGCCACAGAAGACGGCUUCAAGGCAGUGGUCGGGGACAGUGAGUACCUCCACUUCAAGCACCGGAUGCCACCCGCGAACGUGCGCGUUGUGGAAGUGGGCGGAGACGUGCAGCUGCACUCAGUGAAUGUCUUCUGAGCCGAGGGCGUCAGGGUCGUCGGGGAGGCUCGGAGAGAAGGGUUGUGAAUGGCGAAUAAAGUGUAGCUGU